UAUUAUAAUUUUUAGGUUACAUUAUUUUGUUUACAUUAUUUGGAUUACCAUUCAAAUAAAUAUUGUUUCAACGAUCCGGGUUCUUUACAGUAUUUCUUAGCGAUAAAAGUAAUAAAUAAAGCUCUUUAUUACUUGUCGAUUCAAACAAAAUGUCCGAAAAACAGAAAACCCUGAUAUGCGGUGACGUAAAUGGUAAUUUCAAUAUCUUGUUUUCGCGGGUGGAAUCCAUUGUGAAGAAGUCUGGCGCCUUUGAUGUGUUGUUGUGUGUCGGAAACUUUUUCGGGGAUGAUAAUUCCCAGCUUGAUGCUUACAGAAUGCGAACAAGAACAGUGCCUGUAACAACUUAUGUCUUUGGCCCCUCUAACAGUGACCAUGUGAAUUUCUAUUGUGAAGAGGGAUCUGAAAUUGCGCCCAAUAUCAUUUAUAUGGGCAAAAGAGGCAUAUUCACAACUAGUGCCGAUGUAAAAAUAGCUUACCUGACUGGUCUGUCAAGACGAGAGCUAGGCAAAGACAUCCCGAUGUGUACUUUUGAGCCAAGUGACUGCAGUGCGGUACGAGAUGCCUGUUUCAGAGGGCAGAGUGAGUAUAGAGGUGUGGAUGUGCUAAUCACUACGCUGUGGCCGGCUGGAAUACAGCAAGAUGAGACUCAAAAGAUAGAUGUGGAACAAGAUUGUCUGUCAGAUCUGAUAGCGUGGCUAGCGAUACAUGUGAAGCCAAGAUAUCACUUUGUUCCAUCAAAAGAGAAGUUUUAUGAAAGGCAGCCGUACAGAAAUCAAAGCAUUCACCAGGACUACAGAGAGGGCGCUACACGGUUCAUAGGUUUGGCUCCUGUAGGUAACAAAUCCAAGGAGAAGUGGAUCUAUGCGUGUUCACUACAACCCGUCACUAAGAUGAGGAUGACGGAUCUACUGCAAGCGACCACGGACGAGACUCCGUGUCCGUAUGAUGCGGAAAUGUUGAAGCAACAUCAACCGGGGAAAGUUGUGAAGUUCACAGGCAAUGGACAGUUUUUCUUCAAUAUGGACGCACAAGAUGACGACAGCGGCAAAAGAAAACGAAAGUCCGGUGACAAUCCAGAGAGGAAACGGAAAGAGAUUGACCAAGACAGCUGCUGGUUCUGCCUAGCCUCCCCUUCGGUGGAGAAGCACCUAGUGAUAUGUGUGGGCACUCACUGCUACCUCGCCCUGGCUAAAGGUCCGCUCGUGCCCUACCACGUCUUGAUACUACCGAUUGCGCAUCACCAGUCCGUUACAAAGGCCCCAGAUGAGGUGAUAGCGGAAAUAAAACAGUUCAAGUCUGCUCUGAAGCAGUUCUACUCAUCGCUGGACAAACUGGUGGUUUUCUUCGAGAGGAACUUCAAAACGACACACAUGCAGAUACAGUGUGUGCCGGUGCCCAGGGCCAGUUCAUUGCAAUUGCUGGAAGUUUUCCAGGACGAAGCUGGCAUAAACAGCAUACAGAUGGAAGUGUUACCUCCAUACGCAGAUAUGAAGCAGGUGACGUUGCCCGGAGCACCGUACUUCCAUGCGGAAUUACCUUCCGGAGAACAGAUCUAUGCGAAGACUCCCAAACACUUUCCAUUGCAGUUUGGAAGGGACGUGUUAUCAAGCGGGCCUAUUCUCAAUUGUGAAGACAAAUCAGAUUGGCGGCAGUGCUUACUCAGCAAAGACGAAGAGGAUUCGUACGUAGCUAGUUUCAGGGAGAAAUUCAAGCCUUUUGACUUUACCGUUGAUGCGGAUAGUGACAGUGAUUGAGUGUGCUAAGUUUUAAUGACGAAGUGGUGUUAAUAUAAGUAAAUAGUGAUUGUUAAAGAAAUGUUUUUUGUUUCAUUAUGUGAAUGUAUGUCGUCAACUAUUUAGUCAAUCUUGAGAAAGGUUUUGGCCAAGUCUUUAUAUCGCAUGGUAAUACCGUGCAGUACAUAAAAAAGUUGUAAUUGAUUGGAAUUUCUACCUUCUUUUUUACUGAUAGACCAAACACAACUUUUACUUUGAAGAUAUGGGCCUGUGAACACAUCUGCUAAGAUUUAACUAUCGCCUACUUGGCUAACUUCAACUCUCCUCGGAAUGUUUUGGUACACAAUUAAAAAUCCGUUUAUACAGUACAACAUACUGUGUGGAAGAGAGAGACACUUAAAUAAAAAGGCUAAAAAAAGCUUUUUUCGAAGAUUAAAUGUAGGAAUCUACAUCAGUCCCUUCACUGGGAAUUAAAGUUCGCUUUUAUCAUAGAUGGAAAAAGUCAAAUCUCAAGGAUACAUUAAUAAACACAACAUGUAAAUGAUUUUUUAUUAUUUUCGUUCACAUCAUACUGUCCUAAUAACUCGUUU